AUGAUUUGUUUUGUUUGUACAGAAAACGCCAACAAAACUUUAGCAAUAUUUGGAGGCGAUGAAGUUAAUUCUAAAAUUGCUGCAAUUAUUGAAAAGCAUCUAUGUCUUAAGCCGCAGAUAAAGGAGGAGCAAGAAACCUUGGAAAUAUGUAAUCUAUGUUGGGAAAAACUUCGAGAUUUUAAUGAGUUUUUUGAAUUUGUUGCUAAAGUUCACCAUGAACAAACGAAGAUCUUGCAUGAGCAGCUAUUGGAGGACACGGGUGGAGAGCAGGAAGAAAAAAACAUCUGGGAAGCGAAUAUAAAAACUGAAACAUUGGAGGAAACUUUGGACAACAAUGUGGAGUUGCAUUUUUUUGAAACUGAAGAUGUCUUUACUGAAAAUCCACUAUUAGACCUAGCACAAGAAGAGGUUAAUGCGAUGGAAGAUUUUAUGAAUAAAGAUGGCAAAAAUAAGAAUGACAAAUCGAAAAUCACCAAAACAAGGAGAUCCAAAAAAUUGUUGAAAAGAGCUAAAAGUCCUGAAUCAAGCGACAAUGAUGACAAUGAUCAGUCAUUAGCUUCUCUGCUGGAAGACAUUAAAAAUGAAGAUAGCGAUGAAUCUUUCGAUGCAAACAAUGAACUAAAAGUUAGUUCGGAAAAGAAAAGGCGAAAAAGAACUGUAUUAGCUCGAACGGAAGUAAAGCGUACAAAAAAAGCAGAUAAAACUAUUGAACCAAAACGUCGAAAGGGACACGUUUUAUUAGAAGAAAAUGAUGGCCUUAUUAAAAAGCAUAUAAAAAUGUUGUGUCAAAUGUGUUCCCAUAUCGGCGAAGAUUUUUCCAAUUUAAUAAAGCAUUACAAAGAUGAACACGUUGGGGUUAAGCCCUACAUAAAAUGUUGUGAACGUAAAUUGGAUUGUCCAUCAGAUAUUUUACAACAUGCUUAUUUCCAUGAAGAUCCUGAACAUUUCAAGUGUCAAGAAUGCGGAAAAACCUUUAUAAACAACUCUGGGCUAAAAGAUCAUUUUAUGAAACAUCACGAACCGGAAGAAAAUUUACCCUACGGCUGUGAUGAGUGUCCGCGUAGAUUUUCAAGAAAAAAUUUACUAGCGCAUCAUAAAGCUAAGCAUAUACCCAAAACAGAAAGAUCACACUUUUGCCAAAUAUGUGCACCGCCGAAAGCAUUUGCUAGUGAAUACAUUUUACAGAUUCAUAUUAAGUCACGUCAUACGAAAGCAUCUAAUAUUUGCCAUGUAUGCGCCAAAGAAAUUCGAGAUAAACAAGCUUUCGAAAAACAUGUAAGAUUACAUUUUGAAACAAGUGGACCACGUAUUAAAUGUCCUCGAGAAGGUUGCGAAAGUUGGCUUAAGGAUGAGGACAAUUUAAAACAGCAUUUAAGACGUUUUCACAAUCAAUCGAAAUACGAGUGUCCUGAGUGUGGGCGGAUAUGUAAAAAUAAACAUUCUUUAACAUGUCAUUUAAGAAAUACACAUUCCACACAAACAUUUACGUGUGAAGAAUGCCAAAAGAGCUUUAAGAGUGCUUUGUCAUUAAAGGAACAUAUGGCUGGCCACACGGGAGAACCUCUGUACAGUUGUCCAUUUUGUACGAGAACCUUCAAUUCCAAGGCAAAUAUGUAUUCACAUAAGAAGAAAGCUCAUCCCAUAGAAUGGGAUUUAGUUAACAAAACUAAAAUGGGUUUUAUAUAAUAUUUUUAUUAUUUUUUAUUUUAACUAAUUAAAAUAUUUAUUAAGAACAAGUAAAAA